GAGCUUGAUUUGUUUACCUGUAUGCGUGAGAGAUUCGAUUUUCAUUGAUAAGUUUUUGUUUUGGACUUGGUUGCGGUUAAUACUGUUUGAGUGAUUGUUUCGUGCAGACCGAAGCUAAAAUUUGUCUACCUUAAGUUUGUGCAUAGAUAAAAUAUCCAGCAUGAUAUUCGACUUGUUGUUGUGGUGUGCCAUUUCUUUUAUUGUAUAUGCCGUCUACAAAUGGUAUACCAAAAAGAAUGACUACUUUGAGAAGCGAGGCAUAAGUUUCUUGAAACCCAAACCGAUAUAUUCCGUCUUCAACGAAAUGUUCUUCAAUAAAAAAUCGAUGGUUGAUUUCAUGAACUACCUGUACACCGUGAAUCCUGGUCACAAAAUCGUUGGAACAUUUCAAUUUGGAAAACCAAUGUUAGUUUUGCGUGACCCCGAAAUUAUCAAACAAAUGGUCAUUAAGGACUUUGACUAUUUCGAGGAUCAUCGAAAUCUGAUUGAUGAAAAGGUGGACACUUUAUUCGGCAACAGCCUAUUUCUACUCAAAGGAGCCAAAUGGCGUGAUAUGAGAGCUACCCUAAGUCCAGCCUUCACCGGAAGUAAAAUGAGACAGAUGUUCGACUUAGUAUCUGAGUGUGGCGAACAAAUGGCACACACUCUGAUGGACAGAGCUAAAGCUACCGGCAAAGUUGAUUUCGAAAUGAAGGAACUGUUUAGCAAAUAUGCAAAUGAUGUUAUUUCCUCAGCGGCAUUCGGCUACAAAAUCAAUUCCUUUGAAGAUCCGAAUAACGAAUUCUAUUUGUCUGGCAAAAAGUUCUUAGAGUUGUCUUCUCCUAAGACGGGCAUGAAGAUGAUGAUAAUUUUAUUCUUGCCAAAGUUGGCAAGUCUCCUUAAAGUGACACUAUUCGAUUCGAAGACUAUGAAUUUCUUCCGUUCGAUGGUUUUGACAAAUAUGGAAGCCAGACAAAAGGAAGGUAUAUUCCGACCAGACAUGAUCAACAUAUUGAUGAACGUCAAAAGCGGAACGGCUUUAACCAGCACAGCUGAGGAGAAAACAGCUUCCGAUGGCUUCGCAACGGUUGAAGAAUCCAGCAUUGGGAACAAAGUUGUGAAACGAGUGUGGAGUGAUGAUGAAUUAGUGGCUCAAUGCUUCUUGUUCUUCCUCGCCGGAUUUGAUACGUCAUCAACGCUACUCUCUUUUGUAGCCUAUGAACUUUGCGUCAACCCCGACAUUCAGGAACGGCUUUAUCAAGAAGUCCUGGAUACGCACAACAGUCUGGGUGGUAACAAGUUGAGCUAUGAUGCUGUUCAAAAAAUGAAAUUCAUGGACAUGUUCAUUUCGGAAACUCUACGCUAUUGGCCUGCCGCACCUGGCACAGACAGAGUGUGUGUAAAAGAUUACCGCUAUGACGAUGGCAAUUUCAGCUUUACUGUGGAAAGGGGGACAGCGCUGUCAAUACCAUUUGUUAGUCUACACCAUGAUGAAAAGUAUUGGGACAAUCCGAAGAAAUUUGAUCCCGACCGAUUUAGUGACGAAAAUAAAGACAAAAUUGUGUCUGGAACAUAUGCGCCGUUUGGAUAUGGACCUCGAAACUGCAUUGGCAGUCGAUUUGCAUUGAUGGAGGCUAAAGCUGUCAUUUACUACCUGCUACUUAAUUUUAAAUUUGAACCGAACGAAAAUAGUCAAAUUCCGGUUCAGCUGAAGAAGAGCAUAAUUACGAUGACUUCAGAAAGAGGUAUUCAUGUGGCACUGAAACUGAGAAAUUAACUUCUAAGGAUUGAACGUACUGUACUGAAUGUUUACAACCAUAAAUGCCGCUGGAAUUUGUAAUGCUAAAAAGAAAAUAGAAAAAGUGGAUUGCAGACUU